AUGGCCAUGCCUGAUAGUGACAAGACUGCUGCUGAUGGUUUCGCCGAAGAGAGGGAGGUGUCUGGGGCAGAGGGAACGGACCCGGUCCGUAUUGAGGUUGAGUCUGUGAGUAACGAGGACCUGCCAAUUGUGGAGAUCCUCACCACCUUCAAUGCCAGCUCCCUCAGUAGCCAGACCAGCGGCUCCUUCUCUCAGAACCUCCAGGACCCCCAUGUGCCCACCGCUCCGCUCCAGGAGCCCCCUGCCCCCAUCCCAAAGAGCCAGGGCCUGCUCACCCCACCCAGCUACCUCCCUUCCAUGCGCUUCAUCAAGGUCCGGCCCUUCAUGCACGAUGACGGCUUGGUGGAGACUAAGACUCUAUGCAACCAGCUCCUGGCACACUGGCUGCUGCUGGUGAUUGCGUGUGGUCUACUGGCCCUGAGUCUAGCCCUAGGCAUUGGGCUUGGAGUGGGAGUCAGCUGCACUGGGAAGUUCCACUGUAGCACAUCCACUUUGUGUUUUGCCAGAUCUGCGCAGUGUGAUGGAGUCAGCGACUGCGCAGAUGGGGAGGACGAACUGCAAUGUGUGCGUCUGAGUGGGAGGAGCUCUGUGCUGCAGAUCAACAGUAGGGGUGUAUGGAGGACUGUGUGCUCCACCAACUGGGAUCACACACUGGGUUAUUCUGCCUGCAAACAGCUGGGAUACUCCAGCUACAUCAGUUCCAGAUCCCUGCCUCUCUCCUCUGUCGAGUCGGCCUUCCAGGCUAACCUGGUAUCAGUCAACCUGAGUCAUCCAGAUCGCCAGCAGACUGUCAAGAUCCAUAACACCACCUUCCUCAGUAAGACCCAGUGCAGCUCUGAGAGUGUGAUCGUACUCAAGUGCCUAGAUUGUGGCUCCAGGCCCAUGUUCCGGUCUCGUAUUGUGGGAGGGAACGUCUCCAAACCAGGCCAGUUUCCCUGGCAGGCCAGCCUGCACUAUCAGAACCAACACCUCUGUGGGGGCUCCAUCAUCACACCACGCUGGAUAGUGACAGCAGCACACUGUGUCUACGGGUUUGCAACAAACACCAUGCUGUGGGCGGUGCAUGUGGGAUUGACAGAUCAGCCAGUCAAUGGGGUGCUGUCUCGCUCUUUGGAGAAGAUUAUCUACCAUGCCAGCUACCAACCCAAAGGCUUAAACUAUGACAUCGCUCUAUUGAAGCUUACAGAGCCUCUUACCUUUAAUGGUCUGGUUGAGCCUAUCUGCCUGCCGAACUAUGGGGAGAGAUUUGAGGAGGGGAAGAUGUGCUGGAUCUCUGGGUGGGGUGCCACAGUGGAUGGAGGGGAGACCAGUGUGUCCAUGCACUCUGCCCAGGUCCCUGUGCUCUCCAGCAGGGACUGCAGUGGACCAGGAGUGUACCAGGGAGCCAUCUCCCCUUGGCUUGUCUGUGCAGGCUACCUAGAGGGCGGCAAAGACUCUUGCCAGGGGGAUAGCGGAGGCCCUCUGGCCUGUGAGGACUCGUCAGUGUGGAAGCUGGCGGGGGCCACUAGCUGGGGCUAUGGCUGUGCUGAGAGGGACAAUCCUGCCUUGUACACUCUCAUCUCCCACGCUCUGAGCUGGAUCCACCAGCAGAUGGAGAAAGAAGAGGCACUGAGUCCUUGA